AUGAGAACAAACUAUAUUGUCGUUCUGUUCGGCAUGGCCCUCGCUGCCAUGGCUGCUCCAACCAGCCCCGGUGGCGGAGGAGGCGGCAGUGGCCUCGGUGCGGGUGGUGGUUCUGGAUCAGGCCUUGCUGGUGGUGGCGGCGGCGGUAUCACCAUUGGGACUGGAAUUUCUGGAGGAUUUGGAGGCGGCGUCGGAGGGGGAUCUGGAUCUGGUGUUGGGGCUGGCUCAGGCCUUGGUGUCGUUGCUGGAUCUGGCGAGGGCAAGGGAAAGACCAAGGGUGGAUGGUAA